AUGAAAGUGGAUUGGAAGCUGCCUCUGUUAUUCCUUUUCGCGAUCAGCCUGAGUGGAGAAAGCGAGCAACUUCGAGAGAAGAGGCAAGCAUUGUAUCCCCCGCCUCUUGUUUACCCUUUGACCGGCAUGUUCAAGCUAGUCGUGGGCAUAGCAGUGCCGGUGCAGCUUUCCGGCAAGAUUUUGGUUUACGGCCAAAACUUUCAGUUCCAAUACAUGAUGCCAGACAAUGCAACCUUCUUCACCAACUUCUUCGAGGGCUCGUCACGACGACAUCGCAGAAGCGUAAGUUGGAACGAGAGGGCUCCUGUUUACGACGUUCUCCAACAAGAACUCGACAGGAGGAACAUCGAUGGAAGAAGUUGCUUGAAAAAGAACAUCUGUGAGGCUGCUGCGACACCUUUGAAAGACGAAGACCCGAUCAAGGAGACGCGUCGACGAUGGACAGAGAGUAUUUAGAGGCUGCCACUGCCGGAAGAAGACUAGAUAAUUGUUCGGCCCUUUAUCCGUCCUGUCCCUUCGGUGCCGGAAUUUUAGACAAA